AUGGAUAAUCUUCGUGGGCAUAGCAUGAAACUCUUCAAAUCCCACUUACCUGCUCCGGUGCAGAGGCAACAGGAUGAUCCGGGGACAUCGCUUUCUAUAUCCGUUGGGUCCCGGGUGUUGGUUGCCAAAUCCACGAUUCCACCAUAUGGCCAUCGCAAAAACUGGGUUCCCCGAUCUGCAGAAGAUUUUGCAGAUGGCGGUGCAUUUCCGGAGAUACAUGUUCCCCAAUUUCCUCUGGAUAUGGGCCGUCAAAAGAAUGAGUCUAAUGCCCUUGUGGUUAAAACAGAUCAAGAUGGAAAGAUCAGAUACGAUGAACUAGUGCGACAAGGGCACAGCAAAGAUCGUGUCAUUUAUUCUAAGUUCACCGAUCUUCUCCCAAAGACAAUAGAGGAUGAUGAUCCAGAGUUGAGCAAACCCAGUCAAGAUAUAAUUCAAGAGACCACAGAGAAAACCCGCAAGGCACUGGAGUCACUUGUGGAACAAAAGGUGGCCGCAGCUGCACCUGUUCGUCGUGCUGAGAAAACCAACCCUGCGGAAUAUAUUCGUUACACUCCCUCCCAACAAGGUCUAGCUUUCAACAGCGGUUCCAAACAACGAUUAGUCCGCAUGGUUGAAAUGCAGAAAGACCCCAUGGAGCCUCCCCGAUUCAAAAUAAACCAGAAAAUCCCUCGUGGGCCGCCUUCACCACCACCUCCGUUAAUGCAUUCUCCAGCGAGAAAGGUUACCGUGAAGGAGCAGCAAGAUUGGAAAAUCCCACCUUGUAUUUCCAAUUGGAAGAAUCCUCGUGGUUAUACAAUCCCGUUGGACAAGCGGGUUGCCGCUGACGGUCGUGGUCUGCAAACUGUACAUAUCAAUGAAAACUUUGCAAAACUUGCCGAGGCACUUUACACAGCUGACCGUAAGGCUCGCGAGGCAGUAGAAAUGCGGGCACAAAUCGAAAGAAAAGUGGCACAAAAACAAAAAGAGCGCAAAGAAGAGCAACUUCAGAGGAUUGCGCAAUUGGCUAGGGAAUCCCGGGCAGGCCUUCGCCGGCCUGGGCAGGAUACAGAAGUGGACAACGACCCUAGCGUCGUAGACCGUGAAGAACUGAGAAGGGAUCGUGCAAAAGAACGAAUACGGGAUCGAAAUUUAGCCCGCUCCAAUACAGACACAAAGGCAAGGGCACAGAAGGAUAAAGAGCGAGACAUCAGCGAACAAAUAGCCCUUGGUGUACCGAACCCGCGCGUGGGAAAUAACAAUGAAGCUCAGUUCGAUCAACGGCUUUUCAACCAAUCCCGUGGUCUAGACUCGGGAUUUUCCGGAGGUGCGGAUGAUUUGUACAACAUUUACGAUAAACCGUGGCGGGGAGAUUCCGAGCUUGGUUCGCAUAUUUACCGACCUCGUCAAAAGGAUGUUGAUGCAUAUGGAACAGAUCUCGAGACUAUAAAAAAUACACGUAGAUUCGCCCCGGCCCAGGAGUUUUCAGGGACUGAUCCAACACGCCGUUUGGAUGGACCAGUUCAGUUUGAACACGACGAAGAAGAUCCCUUCAACUUGAACAAGUUCCUUUCCGAAGCCAAACGAGCUCCUAAACGUCCAGGCGAGGGUGUUUCGAUGGAGUCGAGCAAUCGCGACACAACACAUCGCAAGCGUGAUCGUAAAGACUGA